AUGCGCAGCAAGGUACCCCUAGGCAAGUCCUCACCUCGUCCUCACGUGCAGGUGAAUAACUACGGGCGAAUUAACUCGCCCGCCGAUGACAUCCGCAUAGCCAUGGCGAAGAACGCGAGCAAGGCGGGAAGUCCUACCGCCGCCUCCGGUGCGAGCUGUGACGGGGAAGACGGAGACGAAGCACACGGCGACGACGCCGAGGAGGAUUGGCCGGAGAACGGCCACGAUGAAAGCGCUUCGGGCGACGAAUUUGGUACUGCCGACAUCGAGGAGGACGAAUGGUGGAAUCAGCCGGUCGGGAGCGGCGACGAGGUGGAAGAGUGGCGGGCUGGUGAUUCCGACAACGGCGGAGCACAGGACAACGAGUGGAUGGACGAGAGCGCUGUGCAGACCUGGCUGUCCAAGGAGGUGCUUCCCCAUCUGUACCCCCAACGCGGCAAGAGCGCGAGGCGUGCGAUGCUGGUGUUAAACUCCUACCGCGGCCACAUCACCCAGACCAUGCUUCAGUCGUACCGCACGCACAGCAUCACCCCUGCAGUCAUUCCAGCGGGUUGUACGAGCCAGAUUCAACCCCUGGACGUCUCCAUCAACCGGUGCUUCAAGGCUGCCGUGCGAGCGCGCUACGCCAGGUGGUUCAUGCGUGAAGGGAUUCACCUGAAGACGAAGAAGGCAGGGAACCUGCGGAGGCCUCCGCACCCCGUGGUGCUGCAGUGGAUCGCGGAGGCUUGGGAUCAAGUCCCCAGGCAGAUCAUCAUCGACGCGUUCCGCCACUGUGGGAUCUCCAGCAAGCUGGACGGAACGGAGAACCAACUGGUGAUGUCUCAGCUGCGCGCCAGGAGCACCACCGAUGUCUCCGAGGACAUGUCCCUCGGGGGGACCACAGGCGACAACGCGCGCCUGCUUCGGAAGGCUCCAAAGGAGGAGGAGGAGGAGGAGGAGGAGGAGGAGGAGGAGGAGGAGGAGGAGGAGGAGGAGGAGGAGGAGGAGGAGGAGGAGGAGGAGGAGGAGGAGGAGGAGGAGGAGGAGGCGAUGCAGGCGGAGGGCGUGCGGGAGGUGGCCGUGGCAACUGGCCUGGAGGUGCUGUACCAAGAGACCCCCAACUACCGCAGAGCGGCAGCCGAGGCUGACCGCAUGAUCGAGCCAAUUGAGACGGCUAGGCAUGCCUGGCGAGUGCCAGAUCUGAGCGUAGAGCCUGUUGCUAGUGCUGCAGAGGAGGCGGUUACUGAGGGGGGUUAG